AUGCCACCUAUACGAACCCGCGAUGCGAAAGCCGCCCCAGCAGCCAAGGGCGAGCCUGUAGUCAAGAAGCGCAAGGGUUUCAGCGUCGGACCUGCCAAUCUCCCAGAUGGCACAUAUCGCCGCAAGACCCAGAAACUAAAGGAGGAUCUGAUCCACAAGGCCAAAGUGAAGAAGGCCUAUGCUAAGGUCAAAGCACAAGAAGAAGCCAAUGCGCCCAAGAAAUCUGUUUACGACACCGUCGACGAAACCGAAACAACCAAGGAAGACGAAGCCGAAGAUGCCACAACCUUGGAACUACACCCCGACCGUGUCGCGAUGCUCAACGAGCCUGAGCCAGCUCCCGCACCCGCAAAAUCUGAACGCCGCCCACGCGGCGAUGGAAAUAAGAGAGAGCGCCGACCAAAGCCUUCUGCCUUCAACAAGGAAAUGGAGUUCGCAGAGAAGAGACGCAAGGCGGAAGAGGCUCGACAAAAGGAACGGGAAGCCAAGGUGAAGGAACGGGAGGCUCUCAUCCGCGCAAAGCGGCCGGAUCAGUUUGGCAAGCGGAGGUUGGGUAGGGAGAGCAAUGCGUUGCUCAGUCGCGUUCAGCGAAUGGUUGGUCAGUCCUAG